UGUCGCAAUAAGCAAAAAGUACUUGUUGUCGGAGAAGGAGACUAUUCAUUCUCUUUGUCUCUAGCGAAAGCCUUUGGUUCUGCGGUCAACAUCACUGCGAUAUCUCUUGGUAUUCGAGAACACAAGUACAACACUGGAGAAGCCAACGUGAAAGAGUUGAAGAGACUUGGGUGCACCGUAGUUCACGGUGUUAACAUACAUUCUAUGAUCUCAGACAAUCGCUUAACUCGAUACGAUAGAAUCGUCUUCAAUUAUCCUCAUGCAGGAAAACGCCAAGGGAUAGUUGGAGAAUUUAUGGAGAGUGCAAGGGAGAUGGUGAAUGGCGAAAAUGGAGAGAUUCAUGUCACUCAUAAGACAAUAUAUCCAUUUAACGAGUUGGAUAUAAAGACUAUAGCUGAAGAAAAGGGUUUGCGUUUAAUCAAACAGAUGCAAUUUAACAAAUGGAUAUUUUCGGGCUACUCCAACAAGUUAGAGACUGGAAGUAACUGUGACUCUAGCUUUAGCUUUCGUAUCAGAUCAGUUGUUACUUUCAUGUUUAAGAAAUAA